AUGGUGGCCAUCGCAGGCUGCCAGCUGCCGCGCCUCUGCCCCGGCGCACCAGACCAAGGAUACGCGCAGCAGCGCCUGGAGGAGGCCCGCCGCGACCUGCUCGAGUUUGCGGCCGCCACAGUCAUCGCCUGCGGCCACGCCGGCGCGCCCAGCCCCAUCAGCGCGGUCGCGCUCACGCCGCUCGACGACCGGGGGCCCGCGACGCCGCGGGCCGACAAGGCGCACUGGGCCCACGCGGUGGAGCAGCUCGUCCUUGAGCCUCAUCAGGAGGAGCGGCUGAUGGCUGUGCUCGAGCUGUCGCGCGCUCGCGCGACGCGCGCCGCCAAGGAGCGCGAGGCGCUGCUGCGGCUGUGCGCCGAGCGCGCGGGCGACGCGGCGGCGCAGGAGGAGCUGGUGGAGGAGGUGGGGCGCGUGCAGCGCUGCUACGCCGCGGGCAACGCCGCGUGCCUGCUGGCGCUGUACGGCUCCGUCUUCACGGCCCAGCAGCUGGCGGCGUUUGCGGUUGGCAGCUGGCCGUACGCCGUGAGCCAGACCGCGCUUCUGGACGUCCUGUUGGAGCGCCGGCAGCAGGCCUCAGGGGGGCAGGAGCGUCCUGGCGGCGCGCAUGCGGCGCCGGCCGCGACGGGCUCCGACACGACGGGCACGAGGGGCGCGCUGGCUGGUGGCAAGCACUGA